CAAAAAUACCCCUCCGAAAAAUAUUGAAAUUGUAUAUGAAGAAAAUAUUAAUGUACAAAAUGGCAAAGCAUACAAAAGGGUAACUGCAUUACAUAUCGAUGAUGAUGACAAUGAUGAUAUUUUUGUCUAA